CUUUGAAACUGAUCUUGGAUACCUAGUAACAGCAUAGCGGUCUAGCUAUGUUCAACUCAGAAACACAUCUUAGUACGGUAGUAUUGACAAGCAAUCUUUGAACAUGGAAGAUUCUGGUUCGAAAUCUGACAUGUUGAUGGUGAAAGAUCUUCCCGCUCAUGCAACCUUGCGCUGGCUUUUCUUACAUCUGACUUUCACGGCGGCGAUCUUAGUAUUAACGGUGCGCUCAAUUUUACUACACCCUCCCUUUCGACUACGUAGGACUAGGACAACGGCCAAACUACCAUUGACGCUUCUCAAAGUCUCAAUAACUUUCAAAUUGAAAGAAAUGCGAGUACCUUAUGUUAGAGCGGAGACACAGGGACGGAUCAUGUUGAAGGCAAAUAUACACUUCUUUUGAGAUAUUAAACCAAUGCUAUGUAGUAUCU